AUGUUCCUGCGUGCGCUACGCGUCAUCAGUGGGAGGCGUUUGGUAACGUUCCUUCCCACCUCCGCGAUGUAUCGCUCUACAGGGGGGGGAGCAGGGUUGGGCAUCCAGGAUGGGUUGGCAAUACGAAAGCAGUGCUGGCUGCGCCUGUGCCUGUGGGGGCAGAGAGGGGAUGAGAUUCUGAGAAAAGAAGAGGGGUUGCGUGUGGGGCAGGAUAUGGCUGCCACUUGCAAAGCUGUGCUGUGCGUUCGGUUGCAUGCUCGGGGUCCGGUGGUUGCUCGUUCUGUGCUGGCUGCCCUUGACCCAACUGUGUGCUUCCCGGCAGUUCCAGCUGUGUGUCCCUCUGUUGCUCUGUCCCUUCCCUGCGUCCCCCCUGUUGCGCUCGUGUCGGUGCACCCCGUGCUGUGUUCAUAUCUGCGCGUGCUGCUGGCCGUCCGUAUUGUGAUGGGAGCUGUGGUGCAAUGCGGAGUGCGUACUCUUGUUGCCACUGUGUUGGUUGUGUGGUGUGGGCUGUUCCCCAGUGGAGCCGCCUAG